UAAUCUACGCAGCGGACACCAAUUACUUGAGGUCAACAAUUACCGAUCACUUCUCAGAAAACCGAAACCAUGUGAUCAACUAUGCCAACAAAAUGGCCUCCAAGGAAUUUAUAUACAACGAGUUUAAAAGAUUCGGGCUUGAAACCUCCUAUCAUAACUUCAAUUACAGCGCCUUAGACCGAAGACCAUUUGCAAAUGUCGUUGGUAUUCUAAAGGGCACAAACUUUGGAAAGACAAAUGAUAAAAUUAUCGGGCUUGCUGCACACUAUGACACUGUGGAACAGACGAAAGGAGUUGAUGAUAACGGUUCCGGCGUAGCCGCCAUGUUGGAAGUUGCUAAGCAACUAUCAGGCCAAAACAAACGAGGAGUGAAACGGAACAACACAAUUAUAUUUGUGUCUUUCGACUUAAAGGAACAAGAGUCAAUAGGAUGCAAUUAUUUUUUCCCACUGUGGUUGACCCCUUGGUUAAUGAAAAAUUACGGUGACGAGUACCAGUCCCUACAACCUCAUGGAGUUAUUAUAUUGGACACUAUAAUGGAGUACAAAACAUCAAGUAAUUCUCAAAAAUUACUAUUACCUCCUGGAGCAGAGGUUACUUUUCAUCAACUAUUUCCAAAGUCGUUCGAAAGUAUGAGUUCGGACAAUUUUCGAGGAGAUUUUCUGACUUUGAUAUAUCGCAAAACCGCGGAUGACUCACUUGCAACUUCACUUUUAAAGUCUUGGUCAGCUGCGAAGCGUCCUCAGUUUGAAAUCGAAUCAUUUCCCUUACCAUUUGUAGAUGUAAGUUCCCUCAACGGGACAAUGAUGAGUUUGUUUGAAAAUUUCCUUCGUAGUGACCACUUCAACUUCUGGCUUGUCAAAAUACCGGCGAUAUUUUUGACAGAUUCAGGAAAUUUCCGUGGAGAUAUGGUGAAAUGCUACCACCGUCCAUGUGAUGAUCUAGCUACAAUGCUUACUGAUGACAAUAUUAACUUCCUUAGCAAGACAUCAGAUGCUAUUGCAAGAUCAAUUGAUGAAUUGUCAGAGUCCGACAAAACCGAUUUUUCAGAAACAAGUGGAUGCAUCGGAGUCUUUCUAAGUCGUGUGAUUUCUGCUUAAAUGUUGGUCUACUAUAUCUUAAAACACCAUAGUCCCUGAAGAACAAUAUAUUUUUUCAACAAUGGACUAAUUUGUUCAAACAAAGCUUUUGAAAGAUGUAUGUUACAGAGACAUAUUUGUAGAUGUCAAAUAAAUGAGUAUUUCAAAA